AACUAUGUUUGGAGAAAUCUGUGCCGUGGUCUGAUUUGAUAAGGUUAUGGCAGAAAAGUAGAGGAAAAUACCGUCGUCAUAAAAAUAUAUAUAUUCUCAUGUAUCCCUAAUGGAGUAGAUGGUCACGAUCUGUAUCGCGAGAAUGACGAAUGUAUGACUGUCAAGUCGUACUUCGAAACAAAAAACAGUUAACUUUGACCUCGUAAGGAAACAGAUGUUACAACAAAAUGUCGGUUGUCGAUGUCAUUCGACAUUACCAACGCAGCAUAGAAAAAUGCCAGGAAGAUGAGGAAAGGAUGUUGCACUGCAUCAAUAAACUAUGUCGCCUACCAAUAACGGUUCAGCUUCUUAAGGAAACUGGUGUUGGCCGUACUGUAAAUGCAUUAAGGAAAUAUGAGGGGCAAGUUGGAGAAGCCGCAAAGUAUACUGUGAUGAAAUGGAAGCAGAUGGUUGCUGAAGAAGAGUCCAGUGAUGAUGAUGGAGAAGAAGCUGGAGAUGAAACUGGAACUGAGAUGCACACUGAACAAAUUGAUGAAACAAAUGCUAUAGAUGAAGAAGAAGAAGAAGAAGAAGAAGAAGAAGAAGAAGAAGAAGAAGAAGAAGAAGAAGAGGAGGAUGGUGGUGAUAGUGGAGGUUACACUGUUUUGGUAAAGGAGAACAGUAGACAUAGUCACAAAGAGAUUCACAGUAAAAGCAGGAAGGAUGAGAACCACAAGACAGAAAGUAGUAGACAUGAAUAUAAGUCACUCAAGGACAAAACACACAGGGAUGUAAACAGCAGCGAAAAAAAACAUAAGGACAGUCAUAAAACUCAAGAUUCAAACAACACAAGAGAGAGACAUUCACACAAGAGGAAGAGAGACUCAAGCAAAAAUCACAGACGUGAUGAAAAAAGAAAAAAGUAUGAUAGUGAGAAUGAAAACCUUUCGAAUGAAGGCUCAGAAUCACAAGAAAUGCUCAUUGACGAGCGAGUGACUGAAGCAAUUAAUGCAGAACGUUAUACAGAUGAAGAACAGGAGGAGGAAGAAGGUGGUGGUGAUAAUGAUGACGACGAUGACAGUAAUGAUGUCAGCGACCGUGACAGCACGUUAUUGGCUCCAGAGCAUGGAUCACAUUCAAAGCAGCACAGCAGCAGUUCAAGUAGUAGCCACCAUCACAAACAUCACAAAGAGUCACACCGAAAACAUGAUAAACAUAAAGAAAAGAAGGUCCACAGUAGUGAUAAACAUAGUAGAAAGAGUGAUAGUGACAAGGUAAAUGAAAGGACAGGUGCUAGUGACAGCAAAGAAAAACAUUCAAAGCAUAAAGAUCAUAAACAUGAACAUAAAAAUAAUAAACAUAAAGUCAGUAAUAAUACAGGUGAACUGAGGAAGGAAAAAAGUGAAAAUGUGAAACAAAAAACUGAUAGUGUUUUAAAGGACAGCAAUUCAUCAAAAACAGAUUCCAAAAAAAAGACAAAGGAGAAAACAGAUAGUGCAUCAAAAACCAACACUUCACACAAGCACCAUAAAUCGUCUGAUUCUAAACCAAAGGAAGUGAAAGAGAAAAAGAUAAAAAAAUCUGAACAUGUCAAUGAUGAGGAUGAUGAUGUUGGUGGUAUUAGUUCCAUGUCAGGAGCAAGCUUUGCAGAAGCCCUAGGUAUGGUUGACCCCAUGAUUAAGAAGAAGUCGACAAACUCUUCUGGAUCUAGCUCAAAUUCAAAAACAGCACGAAGCUCUAGCAGUAAGACAUCUGCAGUAGUAGAGAAAAGCAGCUCUAAGAGCAAAGAAAUGAAGCCACCCAAAGUUAUUCCAUCUGCCAAAGAUGAGCCAGUGCCACUCCUUUCAUCAUCAGUGAAGCUGGAGCCGCUCAAGGUGGAUUUGGAUGCAACUCUACCAGAAAUUAGUCCAAACUAUAGGCCAUUGCCUCAUCCAACUCUUGAUGCAAUGCCACAUAAAAAAAUAAAAGUCUUGUCAGAAGAAGAAGAACUUGCUCAAUUAAUGUCCCAAAAGAACCAGAGGACAAAGGUGUACUCUGGGCUGAAGAGUGGCAAAAGUUGGACUAAAGUGCCAACGCUCUUCGAUAUUUGUGUUAGAGUUCUGCAGGAAAAUAUAGAGGCAAUUGAGUACACAGGAGGUGUACCAUAUGACUUGCUUAAACCAGUCCUCAUUAUUGCUACACCAGAUCAGUUAUUCAUGCUAGAACAUUACAACCCCUACCUUAUUGAAGAAACUGAUGAACUGUGGGAAUUCCAUUGUAAGAAAUCAUUCCGCACAAAAGAGCGGGAAGAGAUGGAGACGUGGCGAGAAAUGUAUAUGCGCUGUGUAGAGGAACAAGAGGCUAAACUGAAGGCAUUGACAUCCAACAUACAACAGUCUAUUGCAAAAUCAACACCAAUUCGACAAACAAAGUUGGCAUAUGUUGACAGUAUUGCCAAACCGCCACGGAAUGUGGCAAAGCAACAGGCAAAAUAUGGCACUGCUGGACCUGUUGUCAUUAGCAAAGGAAGCCCAGUUAAAGGAGCAAAGACAGGCAUGGGAAGACAGAAUUCUGGUCCUAGCACAUCAGCGGCUCCUGUACCUGUUCCCCCACCAAGGAGUGUGCAAUCAGCUGCCAAAGUCAAACCUCGGAUGGCACCUUUGAUGCAGAAGACAAUGAAACUUGUGAAGAGCUUCAAAAGAUGAUGAUUCUUGUAUUUAGAGAAUAUUUCAUGGAUGGCUGGUCAUUGUUAUUUUCGUUUAGCAUCUGUGAGUUUUAUCGAUGAUUCUAAUUGAGUUUUACAAAGAAAAUAUUCUAAAUACGUUGAACCAGUGUGGAAGAGUAAUGUGCUUCUGUGAUGUGUUAUACAAAGAAAUUAUGACCUCUUUCCUUUACAUCUCCACUCUUUUGACAGCGGGAUGCAAUCUGAUCCGGACUCCAAUGAUGUGCAUAUAAUUUUAAUCUUUUUAAAUGUGAAAUAAUCAAAAGUAAAUGACUUAUGGAGGAUGAUAUAUAUAUAUUAGAUAUAUAUUUAUAGGAGGAAGAAGUAUGUGACCUACUGUGUUUGUGAAGCAUCUGGAAAAAGCUGUGUAUUGUAUAGCAGGACUAUUUUUCAGUUGAGUAGGUGAACUGAACUCUUAAGAACAAUGAAUUUUGCAUUUUUAGCAAGUUAUUUAGUUCCUAUAAAAAAUAGAUAGCCUGCACAAUUGGUAUCAAGUUGUGAUGUGUUCUUAUUGUUAAAAUUUUAUUAUUUUAAUUUAUAAAGCACCCAGAUGUAUUCUGUUGCUAAUGGAUUUAUCAGUUAUCUCUUUUGCUGAAACAAAAGAGUCAUUGGGUUUGUUGUUGAUGACUUCUGUCAGUAUCUUGCUUAUGCUAAGCUAUCUUUAUUUGACCAAUGAAAUAAAUAUAACCAUUAUGUAAUUUUAGUGUUGUUUAAAAUAAAGAUACUUUUGUGAUGUGAGUACUCACAAUCAUCUCA